GCGGGCCGCCACGGACUAUAAACUUUUGAAGUUCGCUUUUUCGUUUGAAUGAGAACUCUUUAAUAGAAAGUUUUAAUGUUUAAAUUUAAUUAAAUAUUCUCCUUUAAAUAUUUCUAAGGAACUCUUAAUAACGAAAACUCCUAUUACAAGUUCAUUAAUUCUCUUGUUGUGUGAAUAUUAAGAUGGGGCGCAUAAUUCAAACAGUGGAAAUAAAACUGGUCUGACCUCUAAAGAAUAUGAGACAUCAGAAAAGUGUUCAGCGAAGUAAUUUCAACUCCGAUAAGAAAACGCUGAGAAUAAAACGACAUCAACAAUUAUCUUGGAUUAUAUCGGCUGUAAAGAAAAUGGAAUUCACAAUUCGGUUACCUCACGAUGUACUAGGAAAAAACUCGGGCACAAACGCUAAUUAUACGAAAAUAUUUUUAGACAAUAUCAAUAUUGCUACGUGAAAUGGAGUAGGAGAAUUAACAAAAUGGGUCUGACGAACACGCACGUUUUUAAUAAUUACACUUUAUCAAAUACCACCCAGGCCAACGAUAUAAUUGAGUUAGAUAAUGAUGACUGUGCGGUCGCUGAUGACCCUAAAUAUCCCAGUAGCUUGGGAAUAACACUGGCUGUUCCAGAAUGGGAAGCUAUUUGCACGGCCAUUGUAUUAACACUCAUUAUUAUUUCUACCAUAGUAGGAAACAUUCUCGUAAUUUUAAGCGUGUUCACCUAUAAGCCACUCCGAAUAGUUCAGAAUUUCUUCAUUGUAUCGCUGGCCGUAGCUGAUUUAACGGUAGCAAUUUUAGUCCUACCACUUAAUGUCGCUUACUCGAUUCUAGGACAAUGGGUGUUUGGAAUUUAUGUGUGCAAAAUGUGGUUGACCUGCGACAUAAUGUGCUGCACGUCAUCGAUUUUGAACCUUUGUGCGAUCGCUUUGGACAGAUAUUGGGCAAUUACUGACCCUAUAAAUUACGCCCAAAAGAGAACGUUAGAACGAGUGCUCCUAAUGAUCGGAGUCGUGUGGAUCUUGUCCCUCAUCAUUAGCUCUCCACCGUUAUUAGGAUGGAACGAUUGGCCCGAAGUGUUCGAGCCUGACACGCCCUGUCGUUUAACAUCACAACCUGGUUUUGUAAUAUUUUCAUCUUCCGGGUCCUUCUACAUUCCUUUGGUAAUAAUGACGGUUGUGUAUUUUGAAAUUUAUUUAGCCACGAAAAAGAGACUCAGAGACCGAGCUAAAGCUACUAAGAUAAGCACCAUAUCUACCGGCAAAAACAAGUUUGCAGCUAAGGACAGUGACCCUCAUGAUCAGGACUCGGUGAGUUCAGAGGCUAACCAUAAUGAACAUCAGGGCGUAACGCGGCUCGUAUCUGAUAAUGAAAAAAAGAAAAAGCCGAGAAAGUCAACACCUAAAAAGAAACCGAAACCGAGGUAUUGGAGUAAAGAUGACAAGUCACAAAAUAAAUUAAUCGUACCGAUUCUGUCCAACGAAAACUCUGUGAGUGACAUGAUUGAUAAUCCAGAAAAUCGCCACACGUCGUCAGAGAGCAACUCUAAAGAGACACACGAUGAAGACUUGGAAGUCAUGCAAUCUGGUUCCACUAAGUCCCAGAAACGUAUACGACCUAAUCAACAAAACACUGUAUAUCAGUUCAUUGAAGAGAAGCAACGUAUCUCAUUAACGCGAGAGCGUCGUGCUGCCAGAACGCUUGGUAUUAUAAUGGGCGUUUUCGUUGUUUGUUGGCUUCCAUUCUUCGUCUUAUAUCUUGUGAUACCGUUUUGUUCGAGCUGUUGUUUAUCAAACAAGUUCACGAACUUUGUAACUUGGCUCGGAUAUGUAAAUUCAGCGCUAAACCCUCUUAUAUAUACGAUAUUUAAUAUGGACUUUAGACGGGCGUUUAAAAAAUUGCUUUGUAUUAAGUCGUAAGCUGUGCCAAUGUAAUGUAAAUAAUUCUUUACUUGCUCAAAAUAAGAGUUUUCAACUGUAGGUGGUUAAAUGUUUACUAGACGGUUACUAUGUAAAUUCUAACAAAAAUAUUACAUUGUAGACAUUCAAUUUUCUCUAUAUUUAUGUAUGUAUGUUAUAUACAUUGUAUAAUCUUAUGUUAGGUAUAUAUUAGUCAUGCAUAGAAUGCAACUUAGAUGAUUGUAACAUUAAUUCCUUUCACAUAAGAAUAUCAACGAUUAAAAUAUAAGAUAAAUAUUAAAUGUAAAUAUCAUUAUUUAACUGUACAUAUCUUGACUUAUGUAUGAGUAAUUACGUAGUAUACGUCUAUCUAGUCAAAGUUAUGUCACUUAGAUACUUUUAAAGUUUGUAAAGACGUUAAGUUCCAAACAUGAUGUUUUAGGUAUAUUUUUAUGUAUAUCCCUUUGAAAUAAUGUGAGCCCUUAUUUAAAAGGGAUAUUAAAGUUAUAAAGUUUAUGUUUGUU